GUAGAAUCGUCGGACCAGCAACAGACUACUCCUUCUUCUACCCCAGCCUCGCUUGCGAAAGAGCCGCCGAUUGACGCCAUGACAGUCGUAGAAUCGGAACAACAACAAGAGGACAUUGGGGAGGUAAACCUGGACAACACUGAAGAUGAAAAACAAAUAGAAAAACAAGGAAUUGCAAUUGCAGCACAAGACGUCGGCAAUAACAUCAAAACUUCGAAACAAGAAGAUGCAGCAGCAGAACCAGCUGCAACCAACAAAAGUACUCUAACCUCCACCUCGCCGCGUCCGUCUGCUGUCGAACAAAGUAAAGCGCAAACAGAUGACAUAAUCCGGCUCUCGCGCCAGAGUUUCCCGGAAGACCCGAUUGAAAUUGAGGUGAAUGGCUUGACAUUGCUCGCACAGGAUCUGCCCGAAGAGAUGCUGGAGGACCUGAACAAAAGGUAUGAGCAGGAGGAUUGGGGCUCGAUCUUGGCCAGUGCGUUGCUGAGUCGAAAGUUGUUUGAGCAGAUGGAAGUGAAAAGGGUGUAUGGGGGGUACAAUCCACCGGCGGGCAGUAAAAGGUUACAAGAACUUCUUGCGACCAGCACGGGAAAUAAUAAGACUACUGCAUCGUCGUCUAUCUGGCAGUGUCCCCUUUUGAAUGUCGCCCGGAAGACGAGGAUGACGAGCACUACUAAUUCUACAAAAGCAAAAAAAGAACCAACAACAUCAACAUCAUCCCAGAAUGAUUCUUUGGCGAAGGAACAUAAAGACGGGAAAACUAAUUUCCCAGGCGGAGGAAGUACAGCGACCACAGGCGGAGUAGCCGAAGCUGCGACUGCAGAGCAAGAACGGCGGACACCGGCAGGAGUUCUCAGAAGUGUCGGCGAAGAAUCUUAUGCGAAAACGACCGUCCAUUUCCCAACCUUUCGCUGCUGCCUAAAUAACUUCUCGUCGACAACAAGGUCGUUCUUGCAUAAGGAAGAAGACAAAAAUGAGGAAGUAGUGCUCUGCGCAGAAAUUGAUCUCGACGAUGUCGGCGCAGAGGAUUACUACACGGAAGAACUACAAGGUCGCGCAGCCCAACGAGUGGACAAAGCAGGCAGAAUUCCUGCACAACAAGAUGGACGACCGGGUUCUGGUCAACAACAACGCCACAGCAUCCGACGGGUCCUGGCGCGACCGAAAGAUUCUGAGUUGCUGACCCCUACCACCGCGGAGAUUUUUCCGGCGUUACAAACGUUAGAAGAGGUCGUGGCAGGACAAACAUCCUCAAGAUCCACUUCUGGUGCAGCAAGAACGUCGGACGCAGAGGACUUCGAAGACAAUUUGAAUUUCAUCACGAAAACCUUUACACGCAACUGCCACACCGCGUUUGCGCAUUCGCUAAAGGCCAUGGCUGAGAUGAAGAAAAAAUCCCUCAAAUCCUCCUCCUCUUCUACGAGCAACACAAAUGCGACGUCUACUUUGAUGGCUGUUGUUCCCGGAGCCGCUGGUGGCACAGGAGCAGCAGCUGCUCUCAAAAAUGCGGAAAUGAACCUAGCGGCUGUUGCGACUGCCUCCGCCGCGGGGAGUACUUCUACUGCUGCGCAACUCUUUCAGCAAACGGACUCCUCUAUCAAGAUCGAGUGGACGAUAUGACAGUGCACAAUUCCCUCUCGUCCCCCUCGUCUGUCAUGCGAAAUCCUAAUCCAGUCGCUGCAUUGUGGCACUGCUUGCGUGACAAAUUCCGGAUGAAGUCCAAAAUAGUACCACAUUGGGUACACACAUUUGUCAUGCAUAUGCUCCAUCUGUGGCUGUGCUUGUGUUUGUAUUGCUGUUCUUCAUGCUAUACAAGUAAGGAAGAGGGGGACUGCGACUGGUGCACUCUCAUAGACGAAUGAAAAGAAGCACUCGUUCGAGGUGCUGUUCUAUCACGCGCACAUGUUCCACCUCCUGCGGCACUUUCUGACCAACGGGGACCUGCAAUUCGCGUUUUCUCUGUCCAAGUGCGAUCCGUUUCAGGUCACGGGCGGGAAGUCCGGCGCGUCAUUUCUGAUCACUUCGAACAAAAAAUAUCUGCUGAAACAAAUGAACAAACCGGAAAUCAAGUGGUUUGAGAAGGAAGGCGACGUAUGCAAGAAAAAAACCGUGUAAGUGUAUGUAAAUCUGUGUUGCAGAAAAUGAAAGACACUCACACUUGUCAUGCUGGACAUGCAUCAGAGGUUUGUUUUGUACGUGUUUGCACGUACUAGCUGCGCAUGAGAGGUUUUCUCUGUCAUGCAGAGCACGUUUCUGAUGCUGUUCCUCCAAGAAUGUUUGCACUUAUUGAGUACACACUUUUUUUCUUGGAUACGACGCGCUGUUGUGGUACUACUCAAAAACGCUGUUCGAACAGGAAGAAAUUUUAAAAAACGGCAUAAAUGAUGACGCCGCUCUACCGUCGAACAAAACCAGAACGACGAAUAGAAGUACCAUCUUCCCCUCCAUUCUCACGCCUAUCUACGGCGUUUUCUCCGUGUACCAAUCCUACCCGAAGAGAAACCGACGGAGUUUCAUGGUAUUGAAAAAUUUGAAGCACAGCGUGGUGGAUCAUCAUGCGGAUCACCUGCCGUACGGAACAAGCGGAACAAAUAUGUCGAGGAGUAGUAGCAUGAGGACGAACAUCAACUCUGCUGCAAAGGAUAGUACAACCAAGGACGUUCCGCGGCCGCGUCUUCUGGCGAGGAAAGAAGAAGAAGUUCGUGGCAGUGUGCAGCACUACAAGGCCUUUGCGUUUGAUCUGAAAGGUGUCGGGAAAAAUCGCAGACAAGAGGAAGAAAUAGUGGAGGAAGAUAGUGCAACUACGACCCCUCCUGCAAGUAGAGCAGCAACUUUUGGUACGGCUGGUGAAGUAGAGAAAUCCUAUGUGGAUCCACCUCCUAAUGCUCCGAAGGCGGUGGCGAGAGUGGCGGAGCAGCAUGUUUCACUGCAUCCUGUAUUGGAAAGUAGUCAAGUUGUUGAGGAACAAAUGCGUACAACAGCUAUGGGAAAUUAUACAACGGGUACGCGACCGCGUUUGCUUGCAGCGGAUGACCAAGCACAACAAGCUUCAGAGAUGGUCCUCGACAAGGAGGCACAAGGUAUUACAGCGCAGGAGAAUUGUACUACAACCAACGUCGAGAACUACACCACAACUACUACCGCAGACGGAGGAACCGAAACAACAGUUCGGGUAGUUACCACGGAAGCAGGCCAGGAGGGUGCAAGCAACGCUCUACUAACCGAAGAUGUAGUGCUUGAUGCUGGAAAAAUCGACGCGAAUAUACAACAGCGUUAUGAAGAAAAUAUUAACGACCAGGAAAUAGAUGGUCCAACAUCCACUCCGCAGCCAGGGACACAGCUAUCGUCCGUUGCGCAUGAACAUGAAGAUGCAGAAGAAGAGAAGAAAGGAAUAUUAUUAAACAGGACUGCCGUAAAAAUUGAUGUCCCACAAGCUGCAGUAGAAGAAGUUCCCACAACUACCUUGAAGAAGAUGUCCCCGCCCGUAGAAGAGGAAAGAAAAUCAGCCCCCCUGCAAGAAAAUGAAACGGAAAUCACUUCUAGACCACCCCCACCACGACCCUCGACUGCUAUUGCGAGGAGUAGAAUCGAUUUUCCGAAGCGUACCCUGUGGGACCAGAAUUUCCGGGAGUGGGCCCAAGGCAUGCCCUUAUCCGUAUCGAAGGAAGAUUAUGGAUUGCAAAAGUGUCUGGGUCUGGAAGAUUGUGACUUGUCAUGGUAAAUCUGAAGCAUGCAAAAAUCUGUGUUGCAUGAAUGCCAAAAGCUGUCCACUAUUGAUCAAGUUGGAAGGGAGUUUCUCAUGCAGAAUAGGCAUGGCAGAGACCUCGCAGAGUCUGUCAUGCUAAGUCCCGCAUUCCAGACCUCAUGGGUCAUGGAAAAUCUGCAUGACAAGUCUACAAUCUUCCAGACCCAGACAUUUUUGCACUUGAUAAAGAUUUGGAUUUUCUGCGCACCGCAAUUUGGAACGACACGUUUUUUCUGUUGAAGAUGAAGUUGAUGGACUACUCGGUCUUACUUCUCAUAACGGAGGGCGAGGACGUCGGGGAGCGGGAAGAUGACGGUGACGGUGGCGGACAGGAAGUUGAUUUUUUUCCGACCAAUACGGAACAAAACCAAAUUCGCAUCGGGUUGAUUGACUACGUCCGACCCUACACCCUGGACAAGCUAUGCAUUGCAAAUAUGUCUGGGUCUGGAAGAGUGUAAACUUGUCAUGCAGGUUCUCCAUGCUCCUUGAGGUCUGGAAUGCGGGACCUAGCAUGACAGAGUCUGUAAGGUCUCUGUCAUGCCUGUCCUGCAUGAGAAACUCCGUCCCAACGUGGUCGAAAGUGGACAGCUUUUGGCACUCAGGCAACACAGAUUUUUGCAUGAUUCGGAUUUAGCAUGACAAGUUACAAUCUUCCAGACCCAGACAUUUUUGCAAUCCAUACAAGCAGGUGGAGCACUACGCGAAGGUGGUUUUCAACUAUCCGCAGAGCGGGUACCAACCCAGCAUCUUGGACCCGGCGCACUACGCACAGAGGCUACUGAAGUCCAUCGGGAAGAGCUUCAUGCAACGGGUGCCGGACUUUUGAACCGUGACUCAUCUUCGACGGGAGAAGUUCUGUUUGGAUCAGCAUAGAAGGAGACUGACUUGAAUAGUCAAAGAUCAUCUCUACUGCUCUUACUGACGCAAGGACCACUGCUGAAAAACGGACCGAGGCGUCGCGAUGGUCUGCUCGUCUGGGUACUUAUAGCAAAUGUGAAAGGAGAACGCCAAAUGUGUGGAAU